AUGAAACCGCUCGGAGUGUCUGUGCUCCGUUCGGCUAGGCUUCUGAGAAUUUUCAAAGUCACAAAGUACUGGACUUCAUUGCGAAACCUCGUCUCAUCGUUGUUAAACUCGUUGCGCUCCAUUAUGUCGUUGUUGUUGCUGCUCUUCUUGUUCAUCGUCAUCUUUGCUCUUCUUGGGAUGCAGGUCAGUUCUCUAGGGAAACUCCAUUGA